AGGCUGCGCUUCCCGGCCAGGCACGGCACGGCGGGCCGGCGCCAGCAUGCAGGCCCCGCACAAGGAGCACCUGUACAAGCUGCUGGUGAUCGGCGACCUGGGCGUGGGCAAGACCAGCAUCAUCAAGCGCUACGUGCACCAGAACUUCUCCUCGCACUACCGGGCCACCAUCGGCGUGGACUUCGCGCUCAAGGUGCUGCACUGGGACCCGGAGACAGUGGUGCGCCUGCAGCUCUGGGACAUCGCAGGUCAAGAAAGAUUUGGAAACAUGACAAGGGUUUAUUACCGAGAAGCUAUGGGUGCAUUUAUUGUCUUCGAUGUCACCAGGCCAGCCACAUUUGAAGCAGUGGCAAAGUGGAAAAAUGAUUUGGACUCCAAGUUAACUCUCCCUAAUGGCAAACCAGUUUCAGUGGUUUUGUUGGCCAACAAAUGUGACCAGGGGAAGGAUGUACUCAUGAACAAUGGCCUGAAGAUGGACCAGUUCUGCAAGGAGCACGGUUUCGUAGGAUGGUUUGAAACAUCAGCAAAGGAAAACAUAAACAUUGAUGAAGCCUCCAGAUGCCUGGUGAAACACAUACUUGCAAAUGAGUGUGACCUAAUGGAGUCUAUCGAGCCGGACGUCGUGAAGCCCCAUCUCACAUCGCCCAGGAUCGUUAGCUGCUCCAGCUGUGCCAAAUCCUAGUACUCCUUCGUAGUGUAUGAUAGGAAUAAUCCCAUCAUCCCACGAAUUGUGUCUCAAUUUUUGCCAUUUUUGGUAAGUGGGAGGAUAGGGAAACACACAUGGCAAGACUAAGAUCUACACCUGUAUCUUUCCUGUAAGAGAGAAAUAGCAGAUGUUCUUUUUAUGUUUUUCCCACCAUCAGCAUGUUUACAAGCUUUUUAAAUAUUUAGUCUGUUACAAAAUUCUGUGGUGUAGCUGACCAAAAUUUUGCAGGGUCAGAGUCAGCACUUUUGUUUGCUUCUUUAAUUCAGCAAAGGCCUCAGGCUUCUAAGAGAAGGGGAGAAGAGCAAACUAGCUGUCCUCUUAAGCAUUGGCUCUUGCCUUUUCCCUGGAGUCCUUGACCAGACUUCAGUACAGUCUCUGAUGUUCUGACAGGUCUAUUAAGCAGAAGCAGUAUUUUCUCCAGAGAUGACCUCCAUUCUCAGCAGACCUAAGAGGUGUCUCUGAUUGAGCUCUCUGGAGUCCUGUACACAAGCAUCCUGUGCUUUUAUUGCCUUCAUUGUUAACUUGCCAUGGCUUAAAUGUUGGUUUAACUGAAAACUGUAUAAAAAGACCUGUAUGUGCCUUUCUGUUAGCUUUCUCUGAUUCAAGCUGUGGGAUUCUUCUAAACGUGUAAUAUAUAUUAUAUAUAUUUUCACAAGUGAGCAAUUAUACAUUAAAAGAUACUGUUUCCCUAUUUCUGAAGGAGCUUUAAGUUUCUCAGUAUUGUAAACUUUUUUUUUGGUAGUGUAACCAUGGUUCUCAAGAUCCGUUUUAGAAAUCUAGAAUUUUAUUUCAAAGAGGAGGUGAAAAACACGCCCUUAAAAGAACUGGUGGGCACUCUUAAAACUCAGAUGAGUCUAUUUCAUCUACAUCUUCUGUUCAUACUGACAUUUAGGCCAAGAAAGGAAGCAGUGUCCAUAUAUUUUUUGAUUAAUUAGGAGAAUAUUUUCUCAUAUAUUCUGGUCAAGAAAGGUGCCAGGCCAAUCAACAUAAAAAGAAACAACUAAAAUGUACAUGGUGCUAAUAUGCUGCAAGUAGUUACUAUUUUUUAAUGGCAUUACUGUCCAUUGACAUUCAUAGCACACUCAGAGGGGCCUUAUCUUUUGUCACACAUGUUUUUUGAUGUCCUGCCCAUGGUCUCUUGACAUUCACUGUCUCCAAAAACACCAAUCAUAUAUUUCCCUAUUGUGUUUGUGACCCUUUCCCUGGAGACAUUCUCUGGCCCCUGGAGCAGGUGGCCUACGAGGCAGGCAGGCCAGACGUGCCAGGGAGUUAAUGUCUCCAAGAGAGGCCGUCAACCAAUGAUAACAGGGAUUGGGGGAUAACUACCCCAGGUUCCUUGUCCCUCAGGAAGGACAAUUCUGAGGCAUGCUGUGUGCAGUCUCUGAGGUUGUCAGUGAGAUUAAGUCCCUGGUCCUACAGGGGUAGCCUUCCCACGUGACUCACCAUCUGCUUCCUUUCUUUCUUUCCUUUCUUUGCUUCUCCACUUCUCUACUGAUACUUCCUGGGUUCAUUUUCCAAAUAAACUAUUUUCACUGAAA